GUUUUUUCUCAUGAGUCCAUAUUUGUAGUUUCUUUUGUCUUCAGUCUGUAGUUUUUUUCUCUCUUUGGUCUGUUUUUGUAGUUUUUCUCUUCAGUCUGUUCCUUUAUCGUGAGCAGCAGCAGCAGCAGUGACAUCAUCACCGGUAGCUCCGCCCCCUCAGCGCUGGUCUGGGAUUCUGGGGGUUUUCCUCGACUCGCCACUUCCAGGAAGUGACUGAAAACAUGCGGACAGGGGAGGGAGGGGGGUCGAACGACACCGAGACACACUGAGGGAGAGAGAGAGAGGGCGAGCGAGAGAGAGAGAGAGAGAGGGCGGGAGAAAAAAAAGAAAAGAGAGAGAGAGAGAGAGAGAGAGAGAGAGAGAGAGGAGCUGUUGUGUUUGAGGCUCGAUCGUCCGUCAUGUGAAAGUGAAACCGCUUCAGAUUCAGUUUGUUUGUUUGUUGUUUUUCUUUUUUUUCUUCGUCGGGACUUUCAGCCGCGACAGACGAGAAGAUUUGAAGUGAUUCAGGAUGACUGAGGUGCCGUUCAUCAACACCUACGACAACGAGCUGCAGCUGAACGUGUACGACUAUAUCCCUUCGGUGGACAUAAAGAUUGAGCCCUACAUACCUGAGACAGCUCACGGUCCGUACAUCCAGAUCAUCGAAGAACCCAAACAGAGGGGGUUUCGUUUCCGUUAUGAGUGCGAGGGUCCGUCACACGGCGGGCUGCCGGGAGCCUCCAGCGAGAAGAACAGGAGAACCUACCCGACCGUGAAGAUCAACAACUACGUGGGUCACGCCCGGGUGGAGGUCCAGCUGGUGACCCACACCGACCCCCCUCGCGUCCACGCCCACAGUCUGGUGGGACGCCACUGCACCGAGAACGGCACGUGCACGCUCGACAUCGGGCCCAACGACCUCACCGCCUCGUUCAGUAAUCUGGGAAUCCUUCACGUGACCAAGAAAGGUGUCGUCGAGGUUCUGACCAGGAGGCUGAGAGAAGAGAGGAAGAGACAGAAAGGAGCUCACUAUCACCUGACAGAUUCUGAGGAAUCGUCCAUCCAGAAGGAGGCCAAGGAGCUCGGGAAGGUGAUGGACCUGAACAUCGUCAGGCUCAAGUUCACCGCCUACCUGCAGGACAGCAACGGAGCGUUCACCAGAGCGCUGAAGCCCGUCGUCUCCAACCCCAUCUACGACAGCAAGUCGCCGAAUGCCUCCAACCUGAAGAUCUCUCGGAUGGAUAAGACUUGUGGCUCCGUCCUCGGAGGAGACGAGAUCUUCCUGCUCUGCGACAAAGUCCAGAAAGACGACAUCGAGAUCCGUUUCUAUGAGGAGGAUGAAGAAGGAUGCUGGGAGGCGUUCGGAGACUUUUCGCCCACCGACGUUCACAAACAGUACGCCAUCGUGUUCAAGACGCCGGCCUAUCACAGCACAGAGAUCGAGCGUCCCGUCACCGUCUUCCUGCAGCUGAGGAGGAAGAAGGCCGGCGACAGCAGCGACCCCAAACAGUUCACCUACAUCCCCCAGGUCCAAGACAAAGAGGAGGUGCUGAGGAAGAAGCAGAAGCCGCUGCCUCACUACGAACCCUGGAGAGGAGGAGGAGGAGGAGGAGGAGGAAGAGGUGGAGGAGCUGCAGGAUUUGGAGGAGGAGCUGGAGGAGGAGGAGGAGGAUUCCCGUUCCACCAGCAGUUGAACGGAGCUGGAGGUGGAGGAACUGGAGGCUUUUAUACUGGCGGCUUCACCAACUUCGGUGGAGGGGGAGGGGCUCAGAUGUCAGGCUCCGCCCCUCAGGCAGGUGUGACCCAGCAGCGGUCUGAGGGCCAGACGGGCUCUCCGCUGCAGCAGCAGCUCUUCCAGAUCGCCGCCACCCUGAACAGCCGAGCCUCCCAGAGCGCCCGGCAGAUGGCCGCCGCCCUGCUGCAGUACUGCAGCACCGGGGACGCCCGGGUCCUCCUGGCCAUCCAGAGACACCUGUGCGGCAUCCAGGACAGCAACGGAGACACUCCGUUACAUCUGGCCAUCAUCCACCAGCAGAGCGCCGUCAUCCAGCAGCUCAUCCACACUCUGCUCAGCAGCCAGCAGCAGCUCAUCCUCAACACCACCAACCACCUGCAGCAGACUCCUCUCCACCUGGCGGUCAUCACCCGGCAGGUGAAGGUGGUGGAGGUGUUGCUGAGGGCGGGGGCCGACCCCAGCCUGCCGGACAAAGAUGGCCGCAGCCCCCUGCACCUGGCGGCGCUGGCCGGAGACCACGGCACGCUGCGCCUCCUACUGGCUCACCUGGGAGAACGCCACGCCCACCUGGUCAACACCCCCGACUACCACGGCCUCCACCCGCUGCACCUGUCCGUGAGGAGGGACGGCGAGCGCUGCCUCCGCCUGCUGGUGGAGGGCGGAGCCAAAAUCAACGCGCCUGAGCAGAAGAGCGGCAACACGGCGCUGCACCUGGCCGUCAGAGAAAACCUGUUCAAGGUGGCCUGCACCCUCAUCACCGAGCUGAAGGCCGACGUCAACGCCUGCACGUUCGGAGGAAACACGCCGCUGCACCUGGCGGCCAGCCUGGGCUCGCCGACGCUCUGCUCGAUGCUCAUCGCCGCAGGCGCCGAUAAAAACAUGGAGAACGACGAGCCGCUCUUCUUCAGCUCCUCCUCAGACGAAGAGCAGGACCAGGACGAAGCCGUCAGAGAGGACGCCGCCUCGCCGGCCGUCAACCCUCGCAAGAGACCCGCAGGAGGACACACAGCUCUGGACCUGGCCAAGUGUCAGAAGGUGAGGAACCUGCUGAACUCCAGACAGAGCGCCAAGUGGAGUCGUCACAGCAGCAAGAAGAUCAAACCGAGCAGCAGCGAAGCUCUGGAGGCGUCGGGGCUGGACGAGGACACUCUGUCCCGGCUGGUGGAGGUGCUGAGUGUCGGAGACGUUCCCUGGAAGAAGCUGGCGGAGAAGCUGGGCAUGAUGACGCUGACUCACCUGUACCAGGACAGUCCGACGCCCUGCCACCACCUGCUGCAGCACUACAAGCUCGGCGGAGGUCCGGUCGAAGGUCUGGUCGAAGCGCUUCAGUCUCUCGGUCUGACAGAAGGAGUCCGACUGCUGAGGAACACCGAGCUACGAGACGACAAACACAACACAGACGCCACGGUCGACAGCGGCUUCGGCAGUCAGCCAAUGGAAGAAGAGGAGGAGCCGCCGGUGGCCAAUCAGUGACGAGCAGGAAACGUCGUCUCGUUUAUCAGGACACAGAACUCUGCAGAACCUUAACGAGCCUGCAGAACCGGACCGAGCCGGACCUGGAACAUCCAGCGGGACUGAGGCUGGUUUCGUUCAGAGACACUGAAGCUGCAGAUUCACAGCAGGAACGCCAACAGUAUAGUUUUAAAAAACAAAAACACGCUUUUAAAAUCUGAGAAUUUGCGGCAAAAACAAAAUCAAGUAAAGUUUUAAAAACUUCCAGUCUGUGUUUUUACUAAAAAUACAAACGUGAGAUGAAUUAAUCCUCCAGGUCGUAUCGUAGAUAUCAAACUUUUCUUCCUUUUUGUUUGUUGGUUUUCUGCUUUCCAGCCUUUUUGAACUAAUUUAUAUUUUAUCGUGUCGUUCUGUUUUUAUCAAAGAGUUUAUUUCUGUGUGACGUCUGAGCGGCGUGAACGUGAUUCAAUCGAUGUUCUGUGGCUGAAAUUAGCCGUGAAUCUGUCGUGUGUUUGAGCUGCUCCGUCUCCUCUCUGGAAACCGGAAUGUCCAACUUUCUGUCGGGUCUGGAACGCAGCACGCAUCACCUGUCUCAGUGAAGGUGUCACGAGGUCAUGUGACUCACCUGUCGACAGGUUUUCAGCAGAAAAGAGAGACUGUGGAGCGCCGUGUGUGCCACGGAAAAGAAAAACAUAAAGAUGUUACGUGUUGUGAAUAACAAAAAUAAAGACGACUCGUUGAAAGUCAACCUGA